UGUCCCGAUUUCGCUGGCUGGAUACGAAAACGGUGCUAUAAUGGAAAUUGCAGCAGCACAUUUUGUCCUGGUACUUGUCUUCCUGCCUAUCGGAGAUUCCCAAAAGAGCCCUUUGUACCAAACCGGCAAUGCGUACGUGAACUAUAGCAGUCCUUCUCGCUACCGGUGUGGCGUACCUAACGUUAUUCCCAAUAUACCCAUUAUUCCAGAGCAGUAUCUGGGUACGUGGUAUUUAUACCGCAAUAACUACGAUGGAACCCCAGUGAAUGGAAGAAUGAACUUCGAAUUCCUCGGAAAUGAUUAUGCUUUAUACGUCAAUCAGCGUGCAGUAUCCCAGCUGGUCACCGUGAUGUUCAAUGAUUCUCCGGAUCCCAACAAACCUCACUGCACUGCGGAAACCUGGGUGGGGAAGGUCAUCGCCAAAGGGGCUCUUCAAGGUCUCCAAUGGAUAAAUAAUGCAGAUACCCCAGUUGAAGGAUUCUAUCAAACGGUGUACUUCGAACCGGAUAGUGUGUUCCUCAAGUAUACCUGCGCCAAACCCAACUUCAAUACCGGUAUUUGCGAAAAACCACUUUUCGACGCCUUCACGCGAACACGAUGGACGCAACUGGAUGCGAGUACACUGUACCGCAUAGACCAAAACUUUAAUAUUGCAUUGUCCCCGUUUUGCAUGUCCGCCCAGGAUCUGCCUCGUAAGGAUCAAAAUGCAAAUUUUCUCGAAUGCCCGACUCCGCCAUUACCGAACUGCUCUGCCAAUAUUGCUCGUGGAUAUCGCGCUGCAGCAGCAGCUUCUUAA